AUGACUGACUCCACAAUUUUAACACAAGCGCGAAAAGCUCGCUUCGAGGAUUUAACCAGCUUUGCCGGACAUCCAUCAGAGGAUGCCGAACGGUUUCUAAAAAGCAUAAAAAACAUAACGAAAGCUACGGCAGAAUCCACCAACCUUGAAUUACUCGAAAUUGUUCGAGGAAAGUUAACACAAUCAGCCGGAAUAUGGUUCGAUAACAACGAAACAAAAUUCAAGAAAUGGUCCGAUUUCGAAUCGGCAUUUCGAGAUCGAUAUUUCUCGACCACCAUUACCCCCAAGAAAUUCGAACAGUUGAAACAACGACAACAGAAACCUGNAAGUAAUAACCUCGUCGCCAAUACACUCUACAAUUUCGAAUCAGCAUUCCGCGACCGAUAUUUCUCAACAGCCAUUACCCCAAAAAGAUUUGAACAAUUAAAACAACGACAACAGAAACGUAACGAAUCUAUCACCACAUAUUGCGACGAAACCAUCAACCUGUGCCGCGAAGUGGACCCAGCAAUGCCUGAUUCCACGAUUAUUCAAUACUUACUUAGCGGACUCGAUACGAAUAUCCGAAAAGAACUUUCCCGUCGCGAAUCAGCAAUGAAUUCGUUAACAGAAUUCUUGAAAUACGCAAAAAUCGAACAGGACUUGAAUGACACAUUCAACCAAACCACUGCGUUAUCACUUAACCAACAGCAGCCGUACUUCGAUCACCACAGGAACUGA